ACUCAUAUCCGCCCCCCAAUUUCCCCGUCGGACCAGGAAAUGCAGUCGGUGACUGGAAAGCUUUGCCCUCAAACUCUCACGAAACUCAGCUGGCUUUAGCUUUGGAAUAAUUUGCACAUUACGUUAUCACACAAAGUAUAUUACGAGGGAGGAAUUCGGGGCAAACAUGUCUCUUGCGGCGGACGCCUUCGUGUCGCAAAUGGCCGCCACCGAGCCGUGGCCCGAGAGUGCGGCCUUAUACCAGCCGCUCAAGGAGGAUCAGAUUCUGCUGUCUGAGUGCGCCUCGUCCCUUGCCGUCCAGACCUACUUGCGGAUGUGCGGUCUGCCCGUCAAGGUGGUUUGCAAAGCCAAUGCCGAGUACAUGUCGCCCUCCGGGAAGAUUCCCUUCAUCCACGUGGGGAACCAGGUGGUCUCUGAGCUGGGCCCAAUCGUGCAGUUCACCAAAGCCAAGGGUCACUCUCUGAGCGACGGCUUGGACGACGUUCAGAGGGCUGAAAUGAAAGCGUACAUGGAGCUGGUCAACAACAUGCUGCUGACUGCCGAGCUGUACAUCCAGUGGUGCGACGACAGCACGGCCGCUGAGAUCACACGUCCCAGGUACAGCAGCCCCUACUCGUGGCCCCUCAGCACCAUCCUGGCCUACCAGAAGCAGUGGGAGGUGCGGCGCAAGAUGAACGCCGUCGGCUGGGGCGGGAAAAACCUGGAGCAGGUGUACGAGGACGUGAGUCAGUGCUGCCAGGCUCUCUCGCAGCGCCUCGGAACGCAGCCCUUCUUCUUCAAUAAACAGCCCACCGAGUUGGACGCGCUGGUCUUCGGCCACCUUUUCACCAUCCUGACCACCCGGCUGACCAGCACCGAGCUGGCCGAGCGGGUGCGUAGCUACGGCAACCUGCUGUCCUUCUGCAGACGCAUCGAGCAGACCUACUUUGAGGACAGGACCGCCUGAGGGGGACGGGGUCUGGUACCCCCAGACCAGACCAGAGCUACCGACUGAGCCACCCUCUCAUCCGUUUGUACAUAACACGAAAAGCUGAUAAUAUGACCAUACGCACCUUUUUUUUUUUUUUUUUUUCUUGCUUCUUCCCAGAUAGACAGAAAAAACUGCUGGUCCCCAAAGAAGCUCCCAGACAUGAAUUAUUUAUUUUCUUUUCUGCACUUACGGGUAGUGUUUUUCGAUUACUCCAAUGUGACGUGUCUGGGCCUUCCUUUGGACCAAAAAAAGAGGGAAAACAAAAAGAAUAUAAUGAGUGUUAUUAUAGUCUUUGUGUGAAUGCUCGGUGCCUUAAAAAAAUAAAAGGACUGCA